AUGAAACAAGCCAAGUUAGACGAUACCGCCGAAGACCGCAACAAGCUGAUGGAGGACAAACUGCGGACAAACGAUGGUAAAUUGCCAGAUCCUAAAACCUUAACCGCUUGGACCAACAACUUUUCUAACAUCCCGGAGUUUACCUUCGGAGACCUUUACAACUACCUAGUGGGGAAGGAAGAUUACUCUGAGGAGAAUCUCCGUUCGUUUAAAAGUUUGCUGGGCUUUAAAUUAUUUCGUGAUGGCCAUGUUAUCGAUUUAAAGUAUUGUCCGCUAGAGAAGAACAACUUUUGUUUCUUCAAGUUUAAAGUUAAGCCCACUGAAAGAGCCAAAACGGAAGAUGGACAGGCUACUUACAAUGGUUUCACAAUUCUAAAAUCCAGCGGAGAGGUACACGCAGCAUUUUGCCCGUGUAAAGGAGGGAGUGAUGGUUGCUGCAGGCACGUUGCCGCUGUGUUGUUUGACCUCCAGGCCACAGUUAGCAAUAAUUUGAUGUCAACGUGCACUUCUGGGAAAUGUGAGGGAAGAAAAGAAGUGGGAAUAGUCAGUAUGCUACCCUUUUAAAGAAUUUAAAGAUUGUUAAAGCUGAGUUUGGUAAAGCUGAAAAGGAUCCUGUAAAACCACAUAAUUUUCAACCAGGACUCUCAUCUUUUGAUUCCAGCUCAAUGAGAGAAAAGCUGAGGAGGGGUCUACAACAGUUAUACCCUCAGUCAGUGGCCAUUCACUUUCUCCCGAAGCCAGAAGAUCCAGACACACCAGAACCAUUAGUGAAAGAACACAUUACCAAUGAUGCAAAUGUUGAAAGGUUUGAAACUGUGGAGAAUGUUACUGUUUACACUAUGAAAGAAUAUGCAAACAUUUUUAAAUGUCAGAACAACAUUGACAACAACAUGGAUAUAUCUGAAGACAUUGUUGAGUCGUUUAUGAAGUUUUUGUCUGUCAGUGAAAGUCAGUGUGAUGUGAUUUGCUCGAAAACAGUGCAUCAGGGAAGUAGUCAGUUGUGGUUUGACCAGGGAUCAGGCCGCAUAACAGCUUCAAACUUUUACCGGUGUGCCACAUGA